AUGAAUGAACGAACCCCUCUGAUUGCAACUAUUCAUGUUGCCCCUCCUCGCCGACGAUAUACCCACAACAUUCUCCGUCGAUUCUGCACAAUUGCAUUAGCCUCCGCCCUCGUUGCUCUCGUCGUCCUCUUCCUCCUCCCCGUCGCUUUCCUACCUGGCCAGCGUCACCCAAAGCCACACCCAAUUGGCCCACCAGGUCAAUCCGCCAACGCCCUCACAUUCAAAGAGCUGCAGGAGAUCUUGUUGGAGACGCCCAAGGAGCACAAGGCGCAGGAAUGGAGUAAAUACUACACGUCGGGUCCCCAUUUGGCCGGCAAGAACUACAGCCAGGUUACCUGGACCCAAGAGAGAUGGCAGGAGUUUGGAAUCAAGGCUGAUAUUGUGGCCUACGACACAUACAUCAACUAUCCCCUCGGCCACCGAUUGGCCCUAUAUGAGAAGGCAAAGAGCAAAGAUGUUGGAGAGGUGGACGCAUGGAAGGUCAAAUUCGAAGCAAGCUUAGAGGAGGAUGUGUUGGAAGAAGACGAGACAACAGGCCUAGAGAACCGCAUCCCUACCUUCCACGGAUAUUCUGCCAGCGGCAAUGUCACGGCGCCGUACGUUUAUGUCAACUACGGAACCUACCAAGAUUUCGAGGAUUUGAUUCAAGCCAACAUUAGCUUGGAGGGGAAGAUUGCCGUUGCAAAAUAUGGUGGCAUUUUCCGAGGAUUAAAGGUCAAGCGUGCUCAAGACUUGGGAAUGGUUGGAACCGUGAUCUUUACUGAUCCCGGUGAUGAUGGAGAUAACACCGAUGAGAACGGUGUGGAUCUCUAUCCCGAAGGACCCGGCAGAAAUCCCAGUAGUGUUCAGCGAGGCAGUACACAGUUUCUAAGCGUAGCACCAGGAGAUCCUACUACGCCCGGAUACCCCUCCAAACCCGGUGUGCCCCGCCAACCCGUUGACAGUGCAAUUCCCUCCAUCCCAUCUAUCCCCAUCUCGUAUGUCGAUGCGAUCCCAAUUCUAACCGCACUCAACGGCCAUGGCCCCUCACCGAAGACUCUGAACAAAUACUGGCAACGCAAUUUAGGGUUAAAGUACAAGGGAGUGGAAUAUAACGUCGGUCCCUCCCCUGACAAUUUAGUCCUGAAUCUCGUCAACGAGCAAGAAUAUGUCACCACACCACUCUGGAAUGUCAUUGGUGUUAUCAACGGCACCUUGCUGGAUGAAGUGAUUGUUAUUGGAAAUCAUCGCGAUGCGUGGAUUGCUGGUGGAGCUGGUGACCCAAACAGCGGAUCAGCUGCUCUCAACGAAGUCAUUCGAUCAUUCGGUGUCGCUCUCUCCAAAGGCUGGAAACCACUUCGCACCAUCGUGUUUGCAAGCUGGGACGGCGAAGAGUAUGGACUCAUUGGAUCAACCGAGUGGGUGGAGGAAUACAUCCCGUGGCUGACUCACGCAAACGUCGCCUAUAUCAAUGUAGAUGUAGCAACAACCGGUCCAAGGUUUGGCGCUCAAGCCAGUCCGUUGCUAAACAAGGUCCUCAACGAGGUUGUACAGCUUGUGCAAUCACCAAACCAGACCAUCCCCGGCCAAACUGUCGGUGAUGUUUGGGACGGUGAGAUCAGAACCAUGGGAAGUGGUAGCGAUUUCACCGCCUUCCAGGACUUUGCCGGCAUCCCAUCCGUUGAUUUCGGCUUCAAACCAGAUGAAGGUGCUGGUGAUGCUGUCUACCAAUACCAUUCCAACUACGAUUCUUACCACUGGAUGAAUACAUACGGUGACCCCGGCUUCCAUUACCACGUUGCCGCAGCCAAACUAUGGGCUCUCUUCACCGCGAAAUUGUCAGAAGCACCAGUCAUUCCACUAAAUGCUACCGAUUAUGCGAUUGCUUUGGAUGGCUACAUAUCCAAUGUGGAAACUAAACUGGAUGCCGCAAUCAUCGGCACGACCUCAGAAGAGGAAGACGAGGAGGCACGCGCCCGCCCAACAACAUUAGCCGCCACUGGGGACAUCCACGCCCUAAAACUCUCCUUUAAAAAACUUCACAAAGCAGCCCACAAGCUCCUCAAAGCAGCCGAAGCUCACGAUUCUUGGGCCGCCGAGCUCGCGGAAGAAGCUGGUGAAGACUUGCCGUGGUGGAAGUGGCUAUCCAAACUCAAGCUCAUCUACAACAUCCGGAAAGUCAAUUCCAAGUACAAGUUCCUGGAGAGGAAGUUCUUGCACAAGAAAGGCUUGGAUGGACGGCCGUGGUUCAAGCAUGUGGUGUUCGCGCCGGGUCUUUGGACCGGGUAUGCGGGGGCUGUGUUCCCUGGGCUAGUGGAGGCUAUUGAUGGGAAGGAUUAUGGCAAUGCGGCGAAGUGGGUGGGGAUUAUUGAGGGGACGUUGUGGCAUGCUGCGGGGAGCUUGAGGUGA